AAAUUGAAAGAUAUUGGAAUAAUCAGGAAUCUUCAGUACCAAAUUUUGAUGUUGGUUUUCCGCAAACCUAAAAAAUAUAUAUUGGCAAUGUUUCCUUAUACAUCUGGCAAAUUGCAUAUGGGUCAUCUGAGAGUAUAUACUGUAUCGGACGUUCUCGCACGGUAUUACAGAUUAAAAGGAUUUAACGUUAUUCACCCAAUAGGCUGGGAUGCUUUCGGAUUGCCAGCUGAAAAUGCAGCUCGUGAGCGGGGUGUUGAUCCUAAAGAAUGGACCUACAGUAACAUGGAAGAAAUGAAAAAGCAGUUUCAACUUGCUGGAAUUCAGUUUGAUUGGGAUCGAGAAAUAGCCACUUGUUCUCCUGAUUACUACCGAUGGACUCAGUGGAUUUUUUGCCGAUUAUUUGAUCAUGGACUUCUUCGACGAUCGGUUUCUGAGGUAAAUUGGGACCCUGUUGAUCUCACUGUUCUGGCAGAUGAGGAAGUUAAUGAAGGACGUUCUUGGCGAUCUGGAGUUCUCGUGAAAAAAAGGAAAUUAAAACAGUGGCUAGUAGAGACUCCAAAGUAUGCCAAGCGUCUUCAUCAAGGACUUAAUGAAAUGUCACACUGGAAGUAUGUUGCAGAGAUACAAGCGAACUGGAUUGGAAAAUGUGACGUUUGGCGUUUUCUUCUUCCACUGAAGGUAAGUAAUUGUAAAAUUUAUUUACUCGAUGAAAAAGUCUUUAAUAUUGCUACAAGGCGUUGGAUACCAAUAAUAUGCAUCAGUGAUUAUGAUGAUUCUGAUAAUGAGUUUUUUCUUGAUGCCAGAUUUGCUUCACAGAAAAGCGAAUUUGAUAUAAAAAUCACUCAGAAGCAUGGCAUAGAUAUCAUUAAUACUGAAAAAUUAUUAUUGAGUAAUGAGGAUAUAAUCGAAAUUGCUAAGGAAGGAAAUUAUGGUGGUUAUGAAACUAGCCGCAUACUUAAAGAUUGGGUUAUAUCUAGGCAAAGAAAAUGGGGUACGCCGAUACCUGUUAUAUUAAGUGAAGAUUCACAGUUGGCGGUAAUUGCCAGAGACGAUCAACUGCCUGUUAAUCAGCUUGGUAAAAAAGUACACUGUGAACGAUUGCCUUCAGGCUAUGGAUACUGGGAAAGUGACACAUUAGACACAUUUUUUGAUUCCAGCUGGUAUUAUCUGAGGUUAUAUCUCGAUCCCAAAAAUGAAAAAGAGAUUUUAAAUAAAAAAAAUUUGCGCCAAAUGCCGGUUGAUAUUUACAUUGGUGGAUUAGAACAUGCUGCCGUGCAUAUGUUUUUUGCUCGUUUUGUUUGUCAUUUUUUACACGACAUUGGGAUCAUACACACUAAAGAACCAUUUGAUAUUCUUUUAACUCUAGGAAUAGUUCGAGGUCGUACUUUUGUUAGAGUCGAUAAUGGUCAAUAUGUACAAGAAAAAGAUGUAUUGAACUCUGGUUCCGUUUUUUUGGAUAAACAUGACAAUGGUCCGUUGAUAAAGCGUUUUGAGAAAAUGUCAAAAUCAAAGUAUAAUGGUGUUAACCCUGUGGAUUUGCUAGAAUGCCACGGUGUGGAUCUAACUCGGUUACAAUUGUUGUAUGCAGCUUCACCAAAAACUCAAAUUGAUUGGGAUGAUUCGGAAGAAAAUACGAGUUCUUUUUAUAAUUUUAUAAUCGAUUACCAUAAAUUUUUUUCCUAUUAUGGAAAAUUUUCGAAAAAAUUUAAAUAUUCAACUAUGGGAGCCAAUGAAAUAAUUUUUAAGGCUUUUACACCCAACUUAGCUGCUGAACUGUGGGCAGCAGUAUCAGUAAUCACUGAACAAUGUUGGCCUGAAUUGGAUAAAGAUGCUGAUGUUUAUUUUGUUAUUGAGGUUGGGCUAAGUGCAGUGUUGACUCUAUGUUUUGAUGAUAAGCUUACUGAUGAUCUUUUAAUGGAAAUGCUAUCAAAUAUAGAGCGAAUGAAACGAUCAAAUCGAAAAAAAAUACUACUAAAUAAAUAUAACUGUUAG